UAGAGAGAGAGAGAGAGAGAGAGAGAGAGAGAGAGAGAGAGAGAGAGAGAGAGAGAGAGGACCAACCAGCCAGUCACAAUAAAGACAGCACACAUUAGCUUCUUCCUUCCAGUCCGUCGCUAACAUCACGCGCGCGCAGACCAUCCCUCUCUCUCCUCUCCCUCGCCUCUCCACUCGCGCCCAACUCUCACUCACCCCCACACUCUCACACACCAUAACUCUCAAUCACACAAGGGGGAUCACUCGCAGUUUCACCAUCCAGUCGUUUUGUUUUGUUAAAGAGAAGUGUUGGUCCUUUUAGAAGACUCAAGAUGCCUUACGAGUUUAGCACCUGGGAUAGGAACUGCGUGGAGGAGCAUGUCACGCCCUUGGAUGGAAGUGUUGCAGGCAGCAUACCCUCGUGGUUGCGCGGCUCCUACAUCCUCAACGGGCCUGGACGCAUGACUUACGGGGAGAAUGAGUUCAACCACGUGUUCGAUGGCUCCGCGCUCCUGCAGAAGUUCAACAUCACGGAGACUGGCGUCACCUACAACAGCAGGUUCCUCCGCUCCUAUGCCUACACCACCAACCUCGAGCAUGGCCAGAUUGUGGUGUCCGAGUUCGGCACCACUGGCAAGUCUGUCACCAAGAAUAAGUUGGCAAAGCUGAGUGACAAGUUUGCUUUCGACAAGAUGUUCUCAGAUAACGCGCCCGUGGGAGUGGUGAAGUUUGGCGGCGAGCAUUACUGCAUCACUGAGGCGCCCUUCCUCCACAAGAUUGACCCCACCACUCUGGAGACCAUUAGCAAGGUUGACCUACACAAGGAACUCAACAUGAACUCCCACUGCCCCAACCCCCACAUGCUCCCUGACGGCACCACCUACAACGUGCUGCACAUGGUUGGACCCACGGGACCCAAGUACGACAUCGUCAGUUUCCCCCCCACGGCGCAGGAGGGAAAGAGCAACGUGUUCGCCAAGCCCAAGAAGGUGGCGUCGGUAGAUGCUCGCUGGAAACUGAAUCCUUGCCACAUGCACACCUUUGGCAUGACCCAGAACUACUUCGUUCUCCUGGAGCAGCCCAUGACCAUCGACGUGAAGGCAAUGGUGGCCAACACGAUCAGGGACAAGCCUUUCAUUGGCGGCAUGGAGUGGAUGAACAACAAGCUGAUCAAGAUCCACCUGGUGCACCGCGAAACGGGCAAGGAGGUAAAGCAGAAGGUGAAGUGCGAGGCGUUCUUCUUCAUGCACAUCAUCAACUGCUACGAGCAAGACAACCACGUGAUCAUUGAUGUGAACGGAUAUGCUGACAUCAACUUCCUCCACGCCCUUCACCUCAAGAACCUCAGGGAGAACCCCAACCUCGGAAAUGAGAUGGACGGCGGCAGCGUCAAGAGGAUCAUCGUGCCGCUGGAGGUGAACGAGAAGGCAACGCCGGAACUCAACCUGGUGAUGAUCGGCGGCAGCAAGGCAAGGGCGCACCGACAGAAGGACGGCUCCCUGCUCCUCACGCCAGACAGCAUCACCGACUUCUCCUACGAAAUUCCCACACUCAACUCCUCCUUCCUCAGAAAGAAGUAUAAGUAUUUCUACGGCACCAAGGGAGACAUGAAGAGCACGAUGGGCGAGUUCGGCAAGGUAGACCUGGACACGAGGGAAGUGAAGGACUGGGGUGAGGAUGGUCUGUACGCCUCCGUGUCGUGCUUUGUGCCCAGACCCGGAGCCACGGCUGAGGACGACGGCGUGGUGAUCGGAACAGUUCUCCACAGCAACGAUAAGGCGAAGGUGACAUUCCUGGUCCUGAACGCUGCGGAUAUGACGGAACUGGGACGCGCCUCUUUCACCACGGCCUCACAAGUGCCCCGCUCCCUCCACGGCUGCUUUCUGCCCGCCUAGACUCGCUACCUGAACCGCUUGGAGAAGGAAGGGAUGGUUCAUAUUCCUCUGCUUCAUUUUCCGCGUUUUGUACGGGGUCAUCUUUAGUGUUUUCCUGUAGUGUUAGUAUUAUUUCAUUGUCUGCGUAAAGUAAAAGGUUCAGUUCCUUGUC